AAUUACCGAUUAUUGGUGUUGUAGCACUUGUUGUCGGUAUAAGCUGCUCAUCUUUAACAAAAACAUUAUAUCGGCGAAACAAAACAAAAUUGAAAAGAUGAAAGUUGAAAAAUUAAGACGGAAUUUCUGGAUUUCCGCAGAAAUCGAAUGUAUGUUAAAUUUGUUGCGUGAAGUGUACAACGUACAAGGAACCACCGCAACGACAAAUUACACUUUUAUUCUAAUUGCUAAUAAGAUGAGAAAACGAGGAUUCCCCAACAAAUCGGCUGCACAGAUACGUCGGAAAUGGUUCCAAAUGAAGUCGGCUUAUUUGUGUUACAAGCGUGGUAAUACCGAGAGGCUGCUUUUAAUACCUGAAAAAUUCCGACCAACCAUAGCAGAAUUCGUGGAUAAAGAAGUUAAGACACAUACCUAUUCAGAGUUACCAGCGUCUCCAACAUCACCACCAGCGCCUCCGCCACCAGUUGUCUCGGCACCGGCACCACCACCAGCACCAGCGCCAGUGCCAGUGCAAACACCUCCAGCUACCAUUACCAGCAACGCAAAUUAUAAGAUGAGAGAUACUUCCAACGUUGCAAAACCAUCACAGGGUUUCGGCAAAAAUCUUUACAGGGAUAGUAGAUUUGAUGAUUUUCUCUCUCGUGUGAAGCAAACACACAAAAUCAUAAAUAAUGAUUUUUCGAAUAUGCAGAAAAUUCUAAUGGAUUUCGAACAUGAAUGCCAGUCCGAGAGGGACGCUAAAUUAAUACAAUUUAUUAAAAAUACUAAAUAUAAUUUCUAAAAGAAAAAAAGUAAACAAAUAUAGGACUAGUUAUUAAAAUCAAAAAGUGAAGCCGUCUGACUAAAAACUUAAAUAUUUUGUAGAAAAUAAGAGAAAUUCGGGCAGGUUUGUUAUCCACUUCCGAUUGAAUUUUAAUGCAGUUGGAAACUUCGAUGAAAUUCACUCGGAAGUGAAUUACAGGACCUGCUGGAUUUCCUUGAUUACCAGGUUGUUUUUGUAGCAGCAUAAAUAUACGGGGAAUGCUGCUGAAGUGACAGUCCUUGGCCGGAUAUAAAUCCGCGUCGUUCCGGUUACGUAGAACCGGCUGUCAUGAGUUUUGAUUCGCAGAUCGAAAAAGCUGCCUUGGCAAGCAAUUUUUGUAAAUGGCUACGCCGAAAUGGUAAGGGUGUUACUCUCUUGACGUCUACCCAAAGACCCUCUACGCAAGAAGAAAAUUAUUAUAAAAACUAUGUAUGAUAUGUAUGAACCGCAACCUUUUUUUAUAUAUUU